AUGAAUAUCAGCCGUCUGCAGAGCCUGCUUUUUUUGCAAAUGAAUCAGUCAUUUGUUGUAAGCAUGGCCAUAAAUGCAAAGAAAACUACAGUCGAAAAUUCGACAAGAAGAAAAUUUCUUCAUUAUGGCCAAUAUCUGAACUACUUGAUUGGGUUGGCCAAGCCCCUAAUCUGUGAUCUACACAAUCAAAUCAAUGAUGAAUAUAGUCAACCCAAUGAUCGGCACAGUGGACACAUGAAUAAUCAGUAUGACAACAUUUCUAUAAAAUAUGGUGAUUUGCUGGAAAAGUCAAUCAAAACAUCAAAUAGUGAAUCGCUUUUCCAACAAAAACCACUGCACAAAAACAAUGCUGCGCAGAUGUGCCCAGAAAAUAUUUCGAAACUGAAAGUUCUAUACAGCUUCUAUCUUGGACAAAGAUCUAGAUCAGCUUCCAUUCCACUAACAGAGAUCCCCCAAAAUUUUGGUUUAUAUCACGAACUACCAGAAGAUGUCAGCAAUCUAGAUAAUUUGAAACAUUACGCUUCUCUAAACAUCGUUUUCGUAAACAACGAUUUGGAAUACAGGCAUCUGCCGAUACAAGAAGGUUUCGUAGACGGGAAACGAAGGCUGUUUGUACAGUGUGGUAAUAAAAAUAUCCUGCCGUUCAAGAAGCUCGAACACCUAGUCCAACAUUACGCCAACACGUUCGCGUAUACCGAUAGCCAAGGUCGAAGAUGCCGUUUUCCUGAUAAUCCAAUUGAAGAACCGACUCACAAGCAUAUCAUUUGA